AUGUCCAGCGAUAGUACCUUCCUGCCCUUCGGCACCAGCUCCAUCCACACCUGGAGACACAUUCCCUCACGACCGUCGAGUCGACGUUCCAGUAGCCGAGCUCGCAGCGAUGCAACGGAGCGACCGGAUCGUUCAGCAUUCAUUAGCCCAUCACUCAGCCACGAAAUCGAUUAUAUCAAAACACUGAUCGGCCGCUCACAAGAAGCUCCUCCAUUACCUCCAGCAGGAAUCCUGACUGCUCAAGUCUUCCGGCAACCCACACCGACGAUUUCUACUGUCACCCAAGGGCAAAUCUACCUCGAGCUCGACCAGCUGAAACGACGAAUACGACAAGAGCUGGACUCGCAGCAACGACAUCCACUCAUUAGGAGGACUUCGCAGAUCGACCCCGGCCAGGAGUCUGAGGGAUCCGAUCUCGAAGACAAUGUGCUGGAUGAGAGAGAGGAGGAGCUGGAGAAGGCCAGAGACGAUGUUGCGCUCGUGAGACAGCGCCUAGACGGGCUUCUGGAACGGGCGGAGGCUCGUGUGGACUGCUUGGCAAAUGAGAAAGAGAAGCUCGAGAGUACAUUGGCAUGGUAUCGGCAUGAGCUGGACAGGUCAGAAUCUGAUAGACGGGGCCUGGCGCAAGCUCUAGACAAGAUACGGACAGAUAUCAGACAGCUUAACAGCGUGUUGGAGGGAGGAGCCGACAGAAAUUACGAAGAACAAAAGGAGCGAUUGGCGGUACUGCAAGAUGAGAAGCUGCAGGCCGAUGCUGCGUAUGAGAAGGCUCAGCAAGAGGUAACAGAGCUCUCAAGGGUCAACCGCGAGCUAGAAACAGCACUGGGUUCCGCGAGAGACGACCACAAUAAAAGUGCUGAGCAGCUACGAAUCCACGACGAGAAGCAUGACUCCACGAAUGCGAAGUUGAGGUCCGAAAUUGUGGCGCUCGAGAAAGCUCAUGGAGAAAAGGACUCCGAGAUUGAAUCGAGCCGCUCUAUCAUCCAGGAAUUGCAGUCAAAGCUUUCCAAAGCAGAACGUCAUUUUACGGAAACAAAGAAGGAAUACGAGACGCGAAUACAGGAGCUCUCGGCGCAGGUACGCCAUGAUAAAGAAUUGUCUGAGUCAGCGCUUCGCGAAACCGACACUCUAAAGAACGAGCACGAACAAGCCAUCAAGGACAGAGAUAGUAGCAGAGCUCGCAUCGACGAACUUCAGAACUCCCUUGACCAGUAUCAGGUCAAAUUGGGUGCUUCCAUCUAUGCGCAACAGCGCUUGGAACAACAAGUCAAAGAUGACGAUUUCAAGCAUGAGAAGGCGAUCCGGACGAUGCAGGAAAGCCACGAUGCAGAGCGCAAACAGCUUGAAGAAUCUCUCCUCGGUAUAAAAGACGGUCACUCGCAAGAGCUGGAGAACGCUCAGAGUCGCGCUGCGAAUGAACUCCAGGCCGCAAAGGCACAGCAUGCGGAUGAGAUUACUCGACUAACGGCAGGGAGCAGUAGCGAACUUGACAUUGUCAACAAGGCUCACGCGAGUGCUCUCGCAUCCGCUAAAGAGCUUCACAGCUCCGAGCUUGAGAUUGUAAGAUCGGAGCACGAGGCUCAUCUGCGAACUCUCAACGAGAAGCUGGCACAAGCAGCACACGAUUCGCAAGCGACUGCUUCAGCUCACGCUUCAAAGAUCGAGACUCUCCGUUCCGAGUACGAGGCUCGCCUUCGGGCUCUCACCGACAAGCUUGAACAAGCCGCGAACGAUUCGGAAUCUGCUGCUACAGCCCACGCCUCGAAACUUGAGGCUGUUCGGAUUGAGUACGAGACUCGCCUUCAGGCUCUCACCGACAAGCUUGAACAAGCAGCAGAUGCUUCCAAAGCUACGGCUACAGCCCACGCCUCGGAACUUGAGAAUGUCCGUUCUCAGUACGAGGCUCGUGUCCAAGCUCUUACCGACAAGCUUGAACAAGCAGCAGAUGCUUCCAAAGCUACGGCUACAGCCCACGCCUCGGAACUUGAGACUGCCCGCUCUGAGCAAUCAUCGGCUAUGGAGACAUUUCGAAAGGCAGAGAAUGCCUUGCAACUCCGAACCCAGUACUUGGUGGCCAAGCUGGGUGAAGCCGAGCAGCAUGUUGUCAGCCUAGAAGCAACAAUGUCAGAUAUGGACAAGUCUGGCAACACGCGUCUCGAUGAGAUGACCUCUCAGCUGUCUUUGCAGGCUGAGGAGUUCAGCAGGGCGAGUACUGAGCUAGCGUCCUUGCGUGAAAAGACGAACGCGCAGAUUGCUGACAUGGAGGCAACACAUCGGAAGAUGUCCGAAGAAGCUGAAAAGCGGCAACGACUGCUCGAAGCUGACCAUGCCCAAGAGAUCUCACGGCUUGUACAGGAACACAAAUCUGCAAUCGAAACCGCCCUCUCCGAGGCAGAGGAGAAGCACCGCGAGAAGGAUAGCCACACAGAGGCAGAGUCGGAAGUGCGAGUUCGCAAGCUCAAAGAUGGUCACGCCCUGGAAUUGCAGCGACAAAGUGCCAAGCACGGGUUGUCGCUCGAGGCUGUCAAGCUUGAAGCUGACGGAGCCCAUCAGGCCGCGCUUGACGUCUUGAGGAAAGAUCUCAUGGGCCAGCAGACGCAGCUACAGAGUGAUCAUCGGCAAGAGUGCACACGACUGGAGAACCUCGUGCGAACUCGGCAAGAGGAACACCAGCAGAGCAUUGCCAAGAUGCGACAGGAUCACGAGAAGCAGGUCCUGGAUAUCACAACGAGGGGCUCCACAGAGUCUCAGGGUCAGAUCGAGGAGCUACGCAAGAUGCACGAAUCAAGACUCGCCGGUCUGGAGGGUGCUCACAAGAGCGCAUUAGAUAAUAUGAGCGGGGCUCAUGCCGCUGCAAUGGAGAACGCCGAUAGUCAGUACAAGUCCCUCGAAGCAGCGCACAAGGCUGCCCAGGAUAGCCUCCAGCAGGACUCUGCCGAUCAGAUAUCGAGGCUGAAGGAAGGACACGCCUCUGAUAUCUCUCAGUUGAGGGCCAGUCUUAUUGAUCAAACAGAAGCGGCUGAAGCCGCCGGAGCGAAAUACCAGCGAGCGAACGAUGAACUUGUUGCCGCACACAAUGCUACAUUAGCUACUCUGAAGAACGACUUCGAUACCGAGAAAGGCCAAACAAGUACAAAACAUGAAGCGGCCAUGUCUGCUGUCCAAACAGAGCUUGACAUUGCCAGACAUGACGCCAAAGACAUGCACUCGAAGCAUCUGGAAGAGGUGCAACAACUGAAAGUCCGGCACGACAUCGAGCAACAGGCCGCUCGCUCGAAGGCUCAGGAAGAGAUCACUCGUCUACGCCAAUCUGCGGACGAUGCGGAUGAAAGCCAAAAUGCCAUCCAGGCGAAGCACCGCACCGAACUCGAAGCCCUUGAAAGCAGCAAUAGCGUUCAAUUGCAUGCACUGGAAGAAAAACUGGAAGCAGAGCUUGCAAAGCACUCUAACAUGGCAUCAGAACACGAGAGGGACUUGAAAUCGAUGCACGACGCUAACGCGAAAUCGGAUGCGCAGCGACAACAAGAGCUUGCAAUGACAAUCAGCCAGCUCAAGACUGAGUACGAGAAACGACUUGAAGAUGCGGAAGCAAAGCACAUCCAGGCACUGUCCUAUCGCGAAGGCGUGUGGAAUGCCAAGUUCGACGAGUUGAAGGAUAUGCACGCCAAGUCCACCGCAGAGGCUCUCGCGGUGUCCGCGUCUAACCUUCACGCCGUCGAGCAACGACACGCCGAUGACCCUGCCGACAAUUCGGAGGGUACUCUGUCAGAUUCACAGGAAGGAGAGAGCGCAACGAGCACGCAGCGCGGCAAUGCGGACGACAGUGCAGCGGUCAAAGUGCGACAAAGCCGGCGAGCCGAAGUGCGUAGUAUGAAGCGGCGGCAUCAGGAUGCAAUCGCGCAUGUACGGUCGACUGCGCAGAAACAGUAUGCCGCUCAGAUCACAGAGCUAGAGGAGGCGCAUCAACGAGAACUGAAGGCUGCAGAGGAACGCAUUGCCGUGCUGGAGCAGUCCCGUCAACAUGAGCCAGGCGGUGGUGAGGGUUCGACAGCCAAGAUGCACCAAGAUGAGAUCUCGCGUGUGGAGCACGAGUAUCAGUCGAAGGUCACAAACUUAGAACGGCAGCUGCAAGAUCGGCGGACACUCCAGGGUUUCGCAGAUCAAGGCGAUCAUCAAUCAAUAAUUCAGGAUCUCAAAGCUCGGCUGGACGCAUCACUGAGGGCGCAGGCGGAAGCUGAGAAGUCACUUGUGGCACUCCGCAGACAGGACGAAGGUAGCGACAAAGGAUCGAGGGAGAGACGAGGCUCGGACCCCCAAUUGCACGCUUUGCAACCAGAGAACAGAAACCCGAAGAAGCAAGUGUCUUUUUCAUCGUUGAAUCUGCGGCGUUCGCGAGGCGGGAGCGGUAGAAUCAGCCCGGUCGCUGGCAGCAGCAUCGACGUGGCGUCCCUCAAUAUGCGUAUGGCCAACAUUGAAGAGGAGCGGGAAGCGUUGCGGAAGUCGCUUGCCAAAAGAUCUGAAGAGAGACUUGACCUGUUGCGCCAGAAUGACUUCCUUGUCAAGGAGCUGGAAGUGUCUCUCUCUCGAAGCUCGAAAGCCCAACGGCCAAGUGCUGCUGUAUCCGAUGCCGUAGUGCAGACCGACGAUUCUACUCUCGAGGCGAAAGCAGAAUUUUCGGUCCUGCACUCUGGAAGGGAAAGGGUCCGCAUCCGUCCUGAAACGCCGUCAAGUCCCGUUCAAGACCAAAGCAGGGGGGACGACGGUAUGAUCCACAUGACGAGCGAAGAGUACCUCGACAACGCCGCCUCCGAGCUAUCUGGGUCGGGAAGUGUGAUUAGCCACAAUGAGAGCCCCUUCCAGCGCAAGAUUCCCGAGCAUGUGGAUGGACUCCAAAAAUCCAAAGACGAGCUAGCUGCAGACUACACCACCAAGAUCGAGUCGCUGACGUCCAACAAGGAGAGAAUGGAAGAGACACUCGAGCAGAAACAACAGGCUACCCUUGCAAAGGAGCGAGAGGAGCUUCUUGCAACCUUCGGCGCGCAUGAGCAUGGCGUGUUCGACCAUGACAUGGUCGAGCUGCCAGCAUUGGAGAGCUUGCCCGCAUUGGAGGGCCUGUCAGCAGCGCAAGUCAUCGCUCUGCGCGCCGCAGAGCAAAAGCUCGUUGUCGACUAUCACAGGCGACUCGCCAGCCGCAAAUCGCAGAUUGCAUUGAAGCAUGACUACGAGUUCCAGAGACUAACCGCCGACUACAACCGCGAGGUGGACGAGCUCCUUGACGACAGAUCGAAACUGGAAGGCGACCUUUCUGUCGAGCCGUCCAAAUUCGAGCGAGAUCCAGAUCAGAUCAACAAGAGCUCGUUGACACUCGAGACAGAGCGCGGACGGGCUACUCAGCGAGAUUUUUCACCGCAUUCCAUUGUGAGUCCGCUCCGCUCGAGUGACUCAGGCCGACCAAAAAGCCCUGCAGUGAGAAGUCCAGUGAGCCCGGCGACGACACCGGGCGCAUCCAGACGCAUUCGUCUAACGACUUCGCCUCCGCCAUCGGACUCGCUUCCACGGUCAACGUCUAAAAGAAUCGUACUUGUACCCGAGGAAGACGAAAUGGGCCAGGACACGAUAUACCAUCCCCUGAGAAGUCCCGAGAGACAUGCGCCUGUUCAACAACAUUCAUUGAUGCGAACCAAGUCACCUUCGAAGAUGCAGUACCCUUCCAAUAAUGGACCCAAACCUCUGGCCUCCAAACCUGGUACAGGCAGCCCGGCGGGCACAGGACCUGUGUUCUCGCCCAUAUUGCCACUCACCUACCAACCGGGCCCUCUGCCUCCACCUGGUCGCCGCAUCAGAAGUCGACCACCACGCGACUCCGCCAUUGAAUCGCCCGCCAAGCGCCUCUCUGCCUACGUCGAAGAAGAAGGAGGAGGAGAGAAGAAAGCUCCCGCACCGGCGAAACCUGGCCUCCUCCGCCGAGUACGAGACAAGCUUUCCAUCUCUUCCGAUCACUCACAUCAAUCUCACCACUCCAAACAAAGCGAUUUUAUUCCACCGAGACCUGCCACAUCAGCAGCGCACAUUGCGGUCAUGUCAUCCGCGUCGAACGAGCCGCGACCAGGCUCUGCUGCAUCAUGGCAUGCGAAAAGAAGCGGGUCUAGGUCCGCGAGAGGCCGUCUCGGGUGAGGCUCUGUU